UGAAAGAGCGCGCAGAUAGGAUCUGUACAAAGAUUCAAAGUCCCUCAACAGCUGGAUACUUUACAACCAGUUAAGAUCUCUCCAUUUCAAGAUACUUCACAAUCGAUAAUUAGCAAGAAGCUGACAUGAUUAGGGGUACACAGCACAUCCAUCGCCACGGUGCUGCGAUCAGGAUAGACAUUAUUCGAAGGCAAUUGAAAAUAGCAUUAAAGUAUGACCAUCCUCCUUGAUCUGCAGCAUAUUUUCAGGGAACUUCGAGCCUGGCCUCUGGAUCCGCAUCGCAUGCCCUGAAUCUGCGACAACCAAACCCCCAAAUCCUCGAGCUUCCAAGCCUCUUCUUGACCUCGAUGCCUUUCCCUAGUUCUCAAUAUCGGCCUCUAUCUCAGAGCCUCCCCUCCAAUCUGCGACCAUCAAGGUCGCAGAUUCCUGCGGAUAUACCGGCACCCUCUCCAGUUCUAUGUCUUUCCGUCUCUCCCGUCGAUUCAAUCCUCCUCUUACGAAUCCACGACUCCUCGUCUCCUCCAAACACACUCUCACGAAGGCAUGAAGUGGAAAAUAUUGAAUCACGAUUGAAUGUCCCAAAUAUACAUAUCGUCGUAGGAUUACUUGUUGUUGGUAUUCCUUACGGUGUCACAUCUGCCAACUCCCUGUUAUUCUUCCUCGCAGCAGUGCUGCAAACAGACUCUGCGAUGGCUACAAGGUGGUUUUGCGCGGUGCUGAUGCACAUGCUGCUGGGGCCCACGACGGAAGAAUGGGAUACAAUGAAAGGAAAUUUGGCUGAGAUGCUGCUGGAGCAUUGUUGUACUGGAGGAUUGAGGAGGAUUACUUCUAAAACCUGGGUCAGAUUCCGCUUUUCCAGUAAUGUUAUGGCUGGUUUCCCAAGUAAAGUAUUUUCUCUUCCCAAAGCACCUACCAUCCUCAACUAUCGCACAGAGAUUCAGUUGCGGAUGGCUUCUCGAGUCAGCGGAUGAAAAGCCCGAGCACAUGUACAACGCUUGGGCCUUCAUCCGGGAGCUCUUCCCUUCGUGCUUCAUUCUCUCCUCACUGGUGGGGAUAACUUUUCUUUUUCGAGCUCAGCAUCCUGAUAGUUUCUCAUCUCACGGAGACUCCAUAUUCCUCUUUCGGUCAUUUCAAUCGCAUUUUUCUCCACCAUGAGGUGAGAGUUUGAUGGUGGAUCCCAAAAGUCGCAUGAGCAGAUGAUAUUUACACCGACAUUUUCUCAACCGCAAGGGACGAGGUUCAGCUGGACAUUCUCUGCCAUUAGUAGAGUUCUUCUGACAAACUUACGGCCCGAAUCAGACGAUUUCCAACUCCAAAGUGGAUAGAGAAGAGAAU